CCCAAGAUGGCGGAGCGGUGCCGAGCGGCGGCGCCGUCCUACCAUGUUGGGGUUUAUUUCGGCUCGUCAGGCCGGGCUCGACGAUCCCUCGCGGCUGCGCCGGGCUGAGUCCACACGCAGAGUUCUGAGUUUAGAAUUAAAUAAAGAUAGAGAUGUGGAAAGAAUACAUGGCAGUGGUAUUAACACCCUUGAUAUUGAGCCUGUUGAGGGAAGAUACAUGUUAUCAGGUGGCUCGGAUGGUGUUAUUGUUCUUUAUGACCUUGAAAACUUGAGCAGAAAACCAAAUUACACAUGUAAAGCACUUUGUUCUGUGGGAAGGAGCCAUCCUGAUGCACAUAAAUUCAGUGUGGAGACAGUCCAGUGGUAUCCUCAUGAUACUGGAAUGUUUACAUCAAGCUCAUUUGAUAAAACCUUGAAAAUAUGGGAUACUAACACUUUACAACCUGCAGAUGUAUUUCAGUUUGAGGGAACAGUCUAUUGCCAUCACAUGUCUCCAUUUGCUACAAAACAUUGUUUAAUAGCAGUUGGUACCAAAAGCCCCAAAGUACAGCUCUGUGACUUGAAGUCUGGAUCCUGUUCUCACAUUCUGCAGGGUCACAGGCAAGAAGUACUGGCAGUAUCUUGGUCCCCACGUCAUGAAUAUGUUUUGGCAACAGCAAGUGCUGACAGUAAAGUAAAAUUAUGGGAUGUGAGGAGAGCAUCAGGAUGUCUGACUACACUUGAUCAACACAAUGGAGAAAAGUCGAAAGCAUCUUCUGAGGCAGUAAACACAGCUCACAAUGGGAGAGUUAAUGGUUUAUGCUACACAAGUGAUGGCCUUCAUCUCUUGACUGUUGGUACAGAUGAUCGGAUGAGACUUUGGAACAGCUCCACUGGAGAAAAUACGUUAGUUAACUAUGGCAAAGUCUGUAAUGAAAGUAGAAAAGGACUUAAAUUCAGCGUCUCUUGUGGCUGUAGUCCAGAGUUUGCCUUUGUCCCAUAUAAAACUACCAUUGCUGUUUAUACAGUUUUCUCAGGAGAAUUGAUAACUAUGCUUCGAGGUCAUUAUAAUACUGUUGACUGCUGUGUAUUUCAACCUAACUUUCAGGAACUUUAUAGUGGUAGCAAAGACUGCAAUAUCCUUGCGUGGAUACCAGCUCUUCGAGAACCAGUUCUUGAUGAUGUUUCAGAGAAGUCUCUGCGUCGGCAGCACUUAAAUCCAGCGUAUGAAGAUGCGUGGAGCAGCAGUGAUGGCGAAGACUGAAUUUCAAUUACAUGCUGAUACAACAUUGACAUUCAGGCACUGCAUUCAAGGACUUUAUCUGGAUAUUGGUAGAUUUAUUGUGACGGGAUUCCUGAUACUGUUCUCUUAAAGCAGAGUCAGAAACGA